AUGGAGUCUCGGUCAGAUGAAUCAGAACCUUCUUACAUGGUUGUAAACAAACAGCUUCAGGACGUUAUACGCUUUCAACACACUGUUAUAGCUCGAUUGAAAGCUAAGGUAAGUGCUCAUGAAAUCCAUUUAUGACAUUUUCGUAGAUAAAACUAAUUCGAAUGGGUACUAAUCAUGAAUGGAAACUCCGAAAGAGCUUGGGCUAAUUAAGGAGGCUCGCUAAACUGUGUGAACAUAUUUAAGCUUUUUAUAUGGUUAAUUAGGUUAAAUCUCUUUGCAGUAUUGUGACCUUAGAUAAAAUCCAUUACUUCUCUACCAUUCAUACUGACUGAAGAAGAAGCGCUGGAGUAGUGAAUUUUAUAUAUCGGUACACAAAGUGAUGUACAUGUUACAGGCAGUACAGGUCAAAUUUGAGGUUUCAGGGCCCAGUUUAGCGCUUAACCGGGGGGUUAAAUUUAACCCUGAUUUCCUUUUCUUGUGUUCAAAAGCAUUUUCUUGGAUAAUUUUCUCUGUUAUUUUUAGAGCUUCCAAUCAUCAACUUGUAGACAAAAAGAAUUAAAGCUGAAAUACUUUUUAAGGUUUCAAAUCUGAAUUCAAAUCUCACACUAACCGUGGGUUAUCUUAAGCCAGCUUCAAACAACUCGGCCAAGGGUUAAUAAGCUUACAGUGGAACCUCCCGUAAGUGACCACCCAAAAGGCUGAGUGGUUGCUUACGGAGGGGGACAUUGGGGGGGUCUGAACACCGCAACACCGCAAAAAAUUUUGCCGAACACCGCAUCACCGCAAGAAAAGUCGCUGGAUCACCGUCACCCCAAUAUCUAUUUUCAGUCUGAUGAUUUUAGGGUCAGUAGAAGAUAAAGCUUUCAAGAUUUUGCCUUUGACCUUAAGAAAAUCUCUGAAACAACACAUAACGAGGCCAAAGCUGUAGUUACUCUGCCUAUUUGACCCAUUUGAGAAAGUAGACAAAUAUAGGUCAAAUAGUGAUCCAAACAGCGUCUUAAAGGUCCCAGAAGAUCGAACGACCUUGGAGUGGGUUUAGACAGAUAUCAGAUUGACCUCCGUACGACCUUAUACAGUUAAGACUAGCUACGAUGUUCAGAUACAGAGACAAUGUGUGUUACUUACCAAAUGCAUUCUACAAACUUCGUGAGUCUCUUUUCCUCCUUGUUUAUGGAGCAUCGAAAUUUGUUUUUCCACCUAUAGUCUUCUCCACCUUUGCCCUCCUCGUAAAAAAAAGCUACGCAAUGAACUACGCAUUCAGGAUCGACAGGAUCAGCUGCGUCAGUCGCAAGGUUUUCGCUCAUCUUGCCUGAUGGACGUACAUGUGGUGAUCCGGGUCGCGAAGGUCACGUUGCUUAUCAAGUUACUUAGUAUAAAUGAAAAACAGGCUUAGGAUUGGUGACGGGCAGCGUAUUUAAUAUUAACUAGAGAGUAUUAGAGGACCCUUAGAGUGUAUUUUAUUUCAAAUCAAACAUGAUGGAGGCUAAAUUUAGAACUGACAAGCUUCAAAAUGGAAACUGCGACACCGCAGAUAACUUCGUUUCACUGAACACCGCAGACUUUAAGACGCAAACAUCGCACACCGUGAGGUUUAAGAACACCGCAACACCGCAAGCUGAGAUUUUAUUCACCGCAACACCGCAUGAAAAAAUGCCCAACACCGCAACACUGCAAAUCCCCGAUGUCCCCCUCCUUAGGGGAGGUGGUUGUAUACAAGAAUCAAACCACAGGGACCUUUUCUGAGAAGAGGUCCAGGUGGUCCAGGCACAUCUACUUUAUGGAAGAUAGUUGCUGAAAAGAUGUCUCUCGUCAAGCUUGUGGGUUUUUUGCUUCUUUGUUGUGCUAUUAGGAAUAAUUGCCCCUGGACUCAGUCAUGAUAAGACGACUAAAGGCAAAAGCGGACUAAUCUGGAAUUCUAACUUAGAAGAAAGAACUUUCAACGAAGAAAACCUAGGUUUUUGCCAUGGCUACAGGUGGUGCCAUCUUGUAUUAUAAGUGAAGCCGAAAUGUUGCAAUAGAUAAUUAUCUGUCAGCAAGAGUGAGGUAUUACAAUAACUCUGAUGUGUCCUUCCAACUUUAAUGCCUGUUAUCAUGUGGUGAUAUAGAAAGUAACCCUGGUCCAGCAAAUGGUGGAGUGAAUUGCUCAAUUUGUCCAAAUAAAAAACAGAAGAGUUGUAAGCCUAAGUGUGCUGGAUGUGAUAGAGCUAUUGCCAAGAACCAUAGAGAAGUCUGUUGUGACCAGUGUCAGUACCACUAUCAUAUUAAGCGUGCUUAUGUGACAGUGAGAGGGUAUCGUCUAAUGCAACGUGGAUAGAUCAGUACCAAGUGUCUCUUUAGUGUUUUGCCCAAUGCCGAGGCCUGUUUUUCAGAUACUGAUCUUGACAUAGAUAUUUUCACAGUGACUGAUCAGGGAGAAAGUGGAAUUACACUUAACACAUCUACUGGUUCCAACCUGCUAAGUGCAGCAAGGCAAAAAAAUGUCAAGGGCAUGUUAUUGUCACCUAAAUAUAAACAGUAUUCAGAAAAAAAUUGAUGAGUGAAAAGAUACUUUUAUUAUCAAGAAUAAGGUGCAAAUAAUGGCUGUUGGUGAGACUAAAAUUGAUUGCUCAUACCCAGACUCCCAGUUCCUAAUACGAGGGUACUACUUGCACCAAAAUGAUCAAAAAAAGGGUGGAGGUGGUGUUCUCCUGUUUGUCUCAUCUAAGAUACUCUCCAGGAGAGUCACAUUUAACAGGAGUUAUAAAACUAUUGAGCCUUUGGCCUUAGAGUUUGGCCUCAAAUCAAGAAAUGUGAUUAUACUGGUUAUCUACAGAUUGCCUAAGAGGCUCAACUGGUACAUACAGACUUCUACUAGAGGAGGAAUUAAGUCAUAUUGCCAACAAACUGGGCUCGCCUUCAAUAUUCAAGGGUUAUAAUUACAGGUGACCUAAACCUGAACAGGAUGGAACCCAGCAGCUCUUAAGGAAAACUUCUUCUUGAUCUUAAGGUGGAACAGGGCCUUAAAUGUAUGAUAACCAAACCCAGUUGGAAAGAAAUGAGAGGCUCUCUUGUCACUAAAAGCUUGAUCGAUGUUAUUCUCACUAACCAUCCGGAACUAUUUGAGGACUGUGGGGUCCAUGAUCCUGCGCUCAGUGACCACGGACUUGCUUAUGGAUUCCUGAAUGAGAUGGUAAAACACCAGAAACGCAAGAUUGUAAGAUUUAAAUCUCUAAAGAAUUUUGAUGUGGAGAAAUAAGAAGAUUUAAUGUAUGCUCUGUGGUAUGUGAUUAAAAUUUUUUCAGUUCAUGUGAUGACCAGGCAAAUUUUAUGGAAAUGCUCCUGUCCAGUAUUGUCAAUACACCAUGCCCACGAAGAAGAUGCGGGUUAGGGCUUAGGAUGUUCCAUACAUGAUGUCAUGACUAGAGAAUGGAAAGGUGCCAUAAGAGCUAAGAGGAGGGCGGCAAGAAAGUAUCUCAAGGAACAAACCAGUGAGAACUGGGAAGGUAGGCAGAUAGUCAGAAACGAAGCCACCCAACUCCAGAGAAAGGCAGUAAGGACAUAUUGAAAAGAGCAAGCCACUAAGCUUAGGUGCAAGCCAAGUGAUUUCUAUAAGACAUUCAUGCCUUUUUUGUCUGAUAAGCACAAGGCUAACACAAAUGAGCUCAGCCUAAGUAUCAAUGGGACCAUCUGUAGAGAUCAGUAUGCGGUUUCUAAUCACUUGUGUGAAUAUUUUACUACUGUGGCUGAUGGGAUUGGAGAUACCAGUGUGGUUGAGUAUUAUGUAGAAUAUGACAGAAUAUUAAGGCUUCCAGUUUCAGAAUCUUCAGAGUUUUGAAGUUGAAAAGGUGCUACAAUAUCUCAAUGUGAGGAAGAGUACAGGCUGGGACUGCAUCCCUCCCAUGGCACUCAAGCUUGGAGCUACAGAGCUGGCAAAUCUCUUAACGUCAUUAUUUAAUUUAUGUAUAAAUCUUGGAGAAUGGCCCAUCUGAUGGAAAAAGGGUGAAUGUUUUUAAGAAGGAUGAUCCUCAUGAAAAGAGAAACUACAGACCUAUAAUUGUACAAGUUACUGUAAGCAAACUCUUUGAACAAUUACUCAGCAUUGGGCAAGCAACUCAGUUAUGGUUUUGAAAUAACAAGUUGUGCGACAAACUAACAGCCUACAGGAAAAACAAUAGCUGUGAGACAGCUCUCUUGUCUUUGACUGAGAAUUGGAAAUUAGCUCUGGAUGAGCAUAAAGUUGUGGGUAUUCUCUUCGCUGACAUGAGCAAAGCUUUUGAUCACUGUACCAUCCACUUACACUUGCCAAACUUAGAGCUUAUGGUGUCGAGGAAACAGUCUGCAAAUGGUGGGCUCGUACUUCACAGACUGUUAUAACAUGGUCGAGCUAGGAUCUGUAGUGAGUGAGUGGCAGAUGGUGACCAGGGGAUGCCCACAGGGCUCUACAUUUUGGACCUAUCAUUUGGAACAUCUUCCUAAAUGAUUGGACUUAAAGUGUUGAUGCAAACAUGAAUAUGUAUGCCAAUGACCACCAGUUUUAUGCUAAUGGCAGCACCCUCGCUGAUGUGCAUGAUGAUCUCGCUGUUUGUGCUGAGUUAGCAUCUUCACGGUACAGAGCUAAUUUUCUAAAAGGAAACUUGGACAAGUACCAGACAAAUUAUGGUACUUGGUAGCAGAAAGGAGUUUAUGCACAGUAUUCUGAUUAAUAAUCAUGAAGUCAGAUCCACUGAAUGUCUCAAACUAUUAGGUGUCUGUAUUGAUAAAAACAAUUUGCGUUUUGAUGAACAUAUAAAUAGUAUCUCUAAGAAGAGCAGCCAGUGGGUAGGUGUUCUCAAGAGGCUUAGGAACCUUAUACCCACUCAAACUAAGUUACAGUUAUAUAAGGCAGCUGUUCUCCCGUAUUUAACAUACUGUCAUCUCAUAGCAUUUUAGCCAUGCUAGUGACCCUAGACGAUUAGGGCGUUUCCAAGAAAGAGCACGUUAGGGCUAUAUAUUGUGAUAAACAUUCCAUCCUAUGGUUAAUUAAUAUCUAUGGCUGGGCUAUCUACUCUACAAAACCUGCGACUACAGGACAUAGCUAUUCUCAUGUAUAAAAUUAAACACAACAUGUGCCCUACAUACAUAAGCACUCUAUUUGAACAGCCUGCAAUAUUAAGUAUAAAUUGUGCAAUCAUGACUUCACUAUACCACAAUUUAACACGGUCUCCUUUGGAAAGCACUCGCUUAGGUAUAUGGGCCAAAGGUAUGGAGCUUUGUUCCUAGUAAAGUCAAAGAAGCUUCCACAUUGUCAUCUUUCAAAUGUCACAUCAGAACAGUGGAUCUUAGUAUGCUGUUAUGAUUAGAGACAAUAACUGCUCAAACUGCUCUCUUUGCCAUUCCUAAUUUAAUAUGAUUAUAGCUACAUUUUUUUAACAUAUAAUUUGUAUAUACAGUGUUGUUCUCCCGAAUUCUUAUUUGCACAUACUGUAUAUAGUUAUUCCUAAUUUCUUAUAAUUAAUUUAAUUAAUUUAUUUAUUCUUUUCAACUUAUUUUAGUGUCCCCACUCAGUGGUUCUACACUGCUAUUACAGUUUGACACUUAAAUAAAGGUAUCAUCAUCAUCAUCAAAAAAAACUAAUUACGAGAGAAUGACUGGAGAACUGACAAUUUGACUAACAACAGACGACUGUUUAACUGUGAGAAUAGACGGAUUGAGACGCACCAAUUACUGAUUACAAGUCUUCAUAGCCAAUAACAUGAAGGCUUAAAUGACAGACGACCAAUAACAUCACGACAUAAUUGACCAAUCAGAUCAAUAACCACAGUAUAAUACCAUUAACUGAGGUGAUACAACUCACUUUGACUCUGAAGAUGACUACUGCACAGCUUAUCGAAAUGUCAGUCACUGUCAUCAACAACAGUCCUAUUCAGGACUACGUUCACCUGCACGAUCAAACUCAACCUACUUUUGAAAUGACUCCUGGGUUCAAACCUUUCACAUCAUCAUCAUUUAUUGCAUGCAAUGUCUAAGUUACGACAUGUGUAGUUCAAUGUUGUCACUUAAGUUCUAUAUAAUUCUAAUUUAAGUAGCAUAGUGCAUACAGCAACCAUACAGAUCAGAGAAUGGAAAAUCAUUAACUGUCAGGACCAAAAAGUGGUCAUGGUCACUUACAGGAGGUGUUCGUCUACUAGAGGUUCCAACAUUACUGUAAGGCAUUAAAAAAUUUUGGUGUUUUGGAUUGGCGGCCGUUUAAGGGAGGUGGUCCUACGAGAGAAACUGUUUAUUAGAAAUAUAAAGAAGAAAAGUAGCAUUUGUGACUUAAAUAAAUAUACCCAAAAAGGUGGUUGAACUAAAAUCCUCAAAUAGUCAAGCUGUAGCCGGCAAGUACUGUUCAUUGUAUAAAACAAGACAGUAGAUUCCAUGUUGGGUUGAGUCUGUUCAGUAAUAGAUCAAAAUGAAUGAUAAACAGACAACCGACGAGCUUAACAUGGGUAUUUCAAGAUAAAUUUCAUAUCACAAUGGAACCGUUUUGUCAAACAUAUUAUUGCAUUGAUGGUGCAAUACACUAGGAUCAUACAAUACUUUUCUAGGCCUUUCUACCUCAGCUUUCGCUGACAAAGAAAGUGACUUUUCCUUUAAACCCUUCAAAUAAAGCAUUGAUUGUUUUUCGUCUAUGUAGUUUUGUGCGAACUGGUCACAAUGGCGAGAAGCAUCUUCUUAGAUGGAUGCAAAAAAAUACUAUGGGGUAGGGUGGUGAUGGAGCGAAAACCACACAUAUCUUUCUAAGCAUAUGUAAUAAAAAUAUUCUUUAUAGAAAUAUCUAUAGAUAUCUAAAUACGCAUAUUUUUAAGUGAAAUAUUGAAAAAGUAACGAUGUUAAUGUGUUAUAGAAAAAUUGACAAAUGUCCCACCAAUUCCCUACUGCCGGGACUGACAAUAUGACAAAUGCCAGAAAAAUGCCCAACAAAUGCCCCUGGGGUGAGAAAGGGCAUGGUUGGAAAUAAUAUUGACUGAGCCAUUAACCUUAUGGGAACAUUUUAAAUUUGUCUUAGAUGUCAAGAAGUGAUAACCGUGUGUCACGUGAAGAGUAUGAAAAACUAGCAAGGGAGUUGGAGGUAUGGUAAAUAGUUUUCUUUCUUAGAAAUAAUAGAUUAAGUUGAUGAAAGAUGUAGCUAUCUGCAGGAGGAGAAAGAAUUUUGUAAUGAAGAAUUUUUGGGAGAGUGAAUCCACUAAAGAGAAGAAGGUAGAAUGUUUAGAGUUUAGUUGAGUUUUUGAGACAGCAAUUAAAGCAAUUUUGCAGGUGCGACAAUUUUGCAGAGGGGAAGAGAUGACAAAAUGUAGAUGGUACCAAAUCUUCAACCUGUACCAAUAAUUCUGAACUGCUUAAAUCUAGGUUUUGUAAAUGACUAACUUUAUCAUCUGGAUGCAAUCAAUGGACACCUCCCUCUUUCAAACAGUUCCGUAGGUCCCAAAGAUGGUCUAAACUUCAUACGAUGAACCCAGUUAAUUUUAUAAUACAAACACUUGUCCUGAUCAGUGAUGCUGAUGGUGUACAUGUAUUAUAUAAACUUGCACUAAAUUUUGAUCAGGUUAUUUUGUGUGUGACAAAAUCUUUUAAUUCUCUAGGAAGAAAAACUUGAACAUAUAAGAACAAAAGCCAAACUUGCUAGUGAGAGUGAGAAGUUACAGUUUGCAUUGGGAGAAAUAGAUAUUUUAAACAAGCAAAUUCAAAGAGAAAAAGUAACAUUUGAGAAUGCGUAAGUAUCGUUACUUUUUUAAAAAUUCCAACAGUCUUUCAAACAAGGUUAUUAAUGGAUGGUAUUUGGAUAAUUAAAUGGUAUAUUAAAGGAACAGUAUCCUAUUACUGCGCAUGCACCAAACUUUGAUUUUUGGACAGGAUGUCGCGAAAUCAAAAGAUGCGAGGAGAGUAAGAGAAUCUUGAAAAAUCCGUUUGCAUCGCGCUUGGCCGGGUUCAAUACGACACUAAAACUUCUCAGGAUUAUAGAUCAAUGAUAUAUUGUUCCUGUUAAGUUUCUAUUUGGGCAAAAUCUGGAUGUUUUGUCGUUACUUUUAUUGCCGUUGGCCGGAGGACCAAAAGAUUUGAAGCACUUUGAUGCAGAUUGAAGGCUUAUUUCUUCUGCUAGCUUCCAUACAAGCUCAGAUAAUUGUGAAAGGAAUACGCAGAAAUGAAACAGCAACAAUAAAGACUGUAACAAAGAAACCGUUGAGACAUUGAUGUGACUGAGGAGAUCUUGUGGAGGGGAGCUUCAUGAUGCAGACCGUCGUUUUGCAACGACGCGUUAGUAAACUUUUCAAUGAAUCUCCCUACGGCCGACAAAAUCGAACAAACAGGCGCUACACGUUUUGAAAAACUAGUAACAUGAAUCAUAAUAUCAUUCUUGACUAACCUUUGUGAUGAUUCAUAGCGUUGAGAUUGCAUUUUUAUUUAUGUCUCUCAAACGUUUGAGGCUAGAACGCGAGCAAAUCAGGCAGAUAUUACUGGACUUGGAGCGAUUGACCUCUGACACGAGUUUCAAAUUAGAAAAUAUGUUUUUAAAGCGAGCGGAACGAGAUUUUCGGGUCGCGAGGCGGCCCAGCUAGCGAUAAAAUCGCGAUGAGUCUUCGAACCGCGAGCCAAAUUUUUAUAUAAGACGAAAGACUUCUUCGAAAGUCUAAAAUAUUACUUGAGAAUAUAAACAACAAAUCUCUGUCGGCGGUGCGGUCCGGAAGGAAAUCUUGUCAAGUCAAUUUGACAGUUCUAUUGUCUUUUGAAGAAAAAACAGAGGACACUCGCGCGUGCGCAUAAUCGGGACACUGUCCCUUUAAACGUGUUUGUUGUUUGUUGUUUUUGAGAAGAAGGUAAACAAACUGCAAUUUGCAAGACUAAAGAUCCCUACCUUUAUUCCAGAUAGAAAUAAAAUUAAAUGGUAUAUAACACAAAUCCUGGAAUUAUCAAGAGAGGUUGUGAGGGUCUUCAAACCAAAACUCCUGUCAGUGAUUCUUCAUUCUGGCUUAUAGUGCUCAUGAAUCCUGAAAUGAUGCAGACUGAAAUGCAUUUUAGUCACGGAACAGCUAAAAUUUCAUUUCGUGGAGGAUACUAAAAUAAUUGAUAUAUUUGUUGUGAUUCAAUAUUAACUUUUGUUCAAAUUUUAUUAAUUCCUUUGUUUUGGGGUAUGGUAUUAAUGUAUGAUAAUGAGUUUAAAACAAAGGAAAAUAGAUUUAAACCAAGGAUAAAAUUGAACCAAAAUAUAUUUGUUAAAUAAAUAAAUGAAGGUACCGGUAUUUUACUUAUUUAACAGGUAAUUUUAUCAUGAAUCCGCACUUACAGAGUGUGAUAGUUACCAACCUCCUGUGGCUUUAUAUUUUACUUGUAGCUGGUUAGAGUGCUGCACAUCGCCCCCCCCCCCACCACACCCAACUCACAGUGUGAUGGAUUCAAGCCCAAAUUUUAAAUUUUCCCCAUUUAUUAACCUGGUCUCAAUUUUUUCUUCUUUUUGUUGACUUUUUAAUUUGUUUUCCCAUCAUUACACUAGGUAUGGCCAAGUCAAAAGUAAAGCACUAGAAGAAAACCAAGAGAAAAAGGAGAUCCAAACAAAAUAUCAAGGUUGGUUUGUGUUGUAUGCUUGUAUAAUAGUUUACCUGUGCUUGAUUUAGGCAUAUUAAUUUAAUGACGUGUUCGUAGCAGAGAAACAUAACUGUGUAGUUAUGCUAGUUUUCACGAAAACGUUUUUUCCUACGUAUUGGGAUUUCUUUUAGUGGAAUCUCCCAUUUUUUGAAGACAAUAAACAAGUGCCCUCACUACAGAUGUAGUCUUCUUGGCACCAAAGAUACCAUACCUCACACAACCCUAGCUACCUCUAUAAUGUAGACACCUUUGGAAAGGACUGAGCUACAGUUGAACUUCCAUCAAGCAGCCACCUACUACGAAGCCACCCUCUGCUAAGCAGCCAGUAAUCAAAGUAAUGAUGAUGAUGAAAAAAAAAAACAACAACAAUAAUAAUAGUAAUGAUAACUAGUAGUAUCAAGUCGAGGAUAAUCAAAAAGCAAAAUGUGUCUGCAAAGAUCAGUAGAAUGUAGAAGGCGAUGAGACAGUUAGCCAUAUUGUAUCGGAAUGCAGGAAACUUGCUCAAAAGCAAUUUAUAUUGAUCUUGGAGGCACGACAAGGUGGAGCAGAUGAUUCAUUGGGACCUUUGUGGAAAGUUGGGUUAUGGCAAGAAUGAAAGAAUCAUGAGCCACAAGCAGUGUAUCAAUCCACUAACAACAAGCUGCGGUGGAACUUCAAAUACAGACCGACAACAAGAGUGAACACAACAAGCCUAACAUUGUGGUAUUGGAUAAAAUAGAAUGCAUGUGCUUGAUAAUUGAUGUUGCCUGUCAUUUUGACAUUCAAGUGAAAGACAAAGAGAAAGACAAAAUUAAGAACUACCAAGACCUGAAGCGGAAGUUGAAAUGGAUCUGGAAAUUGCGCAGGGUAACUGUGGUGCCAAUCAUUAUUGGUGCAUUCAACUGUCUCGAAAGAUCUAAAAAAGUGGCUAGCAGAGACUGGUGUCACAUGUCGUUUGGAAUCAUUGCAGAGAGCGUGCUUACUGGGUACAGCUAGAAUCCUUCACAAAGUCGUAGACACCUAAGGUCAGGUAGUGACUUGAUGUUUAAGGAAGACUCCAGCAAGCCAUCCAGAAGCUGUGUUUAAUGCUGAUAUUAAUAAUAACAACAAUAUUUAUCCAGGGAGUCCACCUGCCUUAGCGGUUUUCAGUGGGGCCAUGCAGUCCUGAAAUAAUUAUCGUAGAAUUGAACUAUCACUUAAACCUCCAUUAAGUGGUCACCCUUUGGAAUCUGUAUGAAAGUGGUUUGAUUUUGAUUUUUUUUCGUUGAUGUUGCUUGUUUUGUUUUGUGAGAGGGGUUAAUCAUAUAAAACAUCUUUUUUGUUUUGCUUUUAGCAAUGGAAGAGCUUUGUUCCAAGCAGGAUGAUAUACUUACAACAAAAGAUGCAAAAAUUAAGGAACUUAAACGUCGCCUGGUGCAUCAGAAACAAAUUCACCAACAGCAACUUUCUGAUCUGGACAUUCAUCGACAGCAAGAACAAUACAUUAAUUAUAACACACAAAAAACUCAAGAAAAGAGUGCAACUAAAAGGACACGUCAAAAACGAGUGUCUUUCAGAUAACAAAUGCUAAAUUAUGAAAUGCAGUAAUAGUCAAGUCUCUCUUAAUGCACACCUCACUGAAAUGAACACCUAGAGCUGGUCCCUACCUUUUGCAACUCCUUUUAGUUGACUCUCUUUGGGACAGACAUCUCUCUAAGAUGGACACAUGGUGGCUGGUCCUAAAGGUGUCCAUCUUAGAGACAGCUGACUGCAUCACAUACCCUUUUCAAUAUUGUUAUAAGUAGUAGGCUGUGACUGGAGAACAGCCUUUACAUUGAUUUUAUUGCAAAAGAGUGAAUUUGAUAGAAAAUAUGCUUUUUUUUAAACUCUACAGCAGAUCAGUCAAGAUAAACAAUUUCAUAUUAAAUAUCGAUAGAAAUAGAAAAGACUAUGCAUAUUUAUUAAUAAGGGCAUAAUUGUGUGCUUGUAUAAAACGUACAUGUACAGGAAAUAUUCCCCAUGAGUGUGUUCAUUAAAUUAUAUAACACUGUAAAAUAUAAUCAUCUCGUAGACCACUGUAGACAGUGUAUAUGUUGUAGUUAAUUUUAUAGGUAAUAUCUAUUUUUCCUUUGUGUCAACUUCAUUAGCAGACAUUACCAUACCCAAAAACAAAAGAAAAACAAGAGUUACCUGGGAUAAAAAAUUAACUACAACAUGUGUAUAAAAUGGAUACUAGUCAAUUUCUUGUGUAGAUACCGGUAUAUAUUUUUAUGUCACUGACAAAAACGUUUUCUUUUCGUUGUCUUUCCUUUUUUUUAAAUAAUAAUUGGUCAGACACGCCUGUGGAGUAUACCUCUCUUUGUCUUCACUCGAUCUCUCUUUAUUUUUCUCUCACUCUGGUCAUGCUAAUAUGUAUAUCACUAAGCUCCUCUUUACAGAACUAAUAGAGAGCUUUAUAUACGGUAUUUCUUAAACAGAUGUAGGUGAUAUAAAGGUAAGUGUUUCCUACAAGGGUUCUGAAAUAGCCUGUUUAAGGAAAAUAGCACGAAAAGUUUUAGGGAACUUUUUUAAGCCUGAAUUCGAAAAAUGAAUCCCUAUUGUACCAGUCAUUUUUAUUUCUUUUCUAGACAUUGUAUAAAGUUUUUAUAUCCGGUUAUUGAGCUAGUAUAGUUUAAGAAAAACUCCAUCGAAUGAGCCCAAUGCCAAGCUAUUAAGAAGGCUAACCUAUUUUAGGGCCAAGCACCCAAAUGAGCAAAAUCGACACUAUAUACUGUAUCUCCGCAAUACAUAUUAGGAGAAAACGGAGUACCCAACCCCAAUUCCCCCACGUAAAUAACAAACGCAACUCGUUAUGUAAGUAUAUCGCUGCGUUUCAAAGUCAUACCAAAAAUUGGUAAUAAAAUAAAGUAUUUACGUAAAAAUGAAAAAAGGGUCUCUGAGGAAAGUCGGGAUUUGAAUCGUAACUCAAGGGGGCAAGCUCCUUUUUAUCGGAAGUUUUGAGUGGAGCUCGAAAUACCUCAUUGCGGGGUCUAAUGUACUCUAAUCGACGGCAGCUUAGGUCAGUUUAAAAUUCUCAUGAUUGUUUCAUUUGUCAUCUUCGAGUGAAAGGGGAAGUGAAGACGCUCGCAUGCGGAAAUGUUGCCACCGGAAGUACUAUUCAAUGGCAAAGCAUUUCUGGAAUCACCAAGCGGAAGUAGAAUUCGACCGGAAGUCAGCCUUAAUCCUUGGCGCAUGUUUGAUGAAGAAGGAAAACGCUGACUCAAAAUGACAACAACAAUGGCGGUAAAAGUGUUGCGAGAAGUUUAUCAAGUGUCCCUUCUUUUUACGAAGUGAACACUGAUGUGACUUAACUAUUUUUCGCUUUAAUUAUUUGUUCUCUAUAUCUGGUACAAUUUGGAGAAGCCACGGAGAGAAUUGCGUCUUCAGGAAAGUCAUGAAUCGCCCUGUUACUCGGGUACGUUUGUCGUUCCGUGUAAACUGUAAUUGUGUUUGCUUCAGGCAGGGUAUUUUUUGCGUUGAAUAAGACUGCAGUUAAGUUGAGAGCCUAGCUAUUAUUUUCUUUUGUGUGUUUAUUAGAAAAAUGUCAAUAUCUCCCUUUUUGGUUUCGAGUUACCUUUCAAAUUUUGAAGUUAUUAAAUGCAGGCGUGUAUUACGCAAGUUUACAUACUGUAGAAGUUGUUAGAACAGGUAAUUCACAUAAUAUGUUGAAACCUAGGAGAUAAUUUGGGGUAUUCCUCAACUUCUUUAUACAUUCAUUUUUUCUUUUGAAGUGAAACAAUGUGAUAAAUGUGGUAUCAUGCUAUCAGUUUGAUAAUUAUGAGGAUAAAUCUAUCACCAUUCAGUUUGUCAUUUUAAAACAGCUGUUGAAAAAUAUUGAUUAAAAGAUGCAACACUGACUCAACAGUGGCACAUAACUGAAUAAAAUACACCGUAUCAUUAAAGUCAUGGUCGAAUUUUCUCAGUUUUAUCUCGAUUAGUGUUCUCUCAAUCUCUUAUCCUUUGUUGAGAUACAGUAGCGUUGAGAGAUGAUGAUAACAUGGGAAGUCAAAUAGUUCAAUGCAACAUACCCUUUAUGCAGUAAAGACAUAGUCAUGUUUAAUGCAGAAAGAGUUUAAAAAGAGACAAGGAUAAUAGGAGGAGUCAAAUGGUGUCAACAUACGUAAUUCAAGAAAAAAUAAAUUUUAAGGAAAAAUAAUGUUAAAUGAGUUUUAACCACUCUCAGUCCAAAGGGAUGUCUCAGCUCUCUGGAAAUCUAAGAUGUGGAGACUGUUUUAAGUUUGCGUUUAAAAUCAUCAAUUGAGUUUGCAGAUUUAAUAUCCUUGGGUAAGUUAUUCCAAAGUUCCAGAGCAACAGAAAAAGAGAAGUUGCCACAUGUGGAGGUUUGACAGUAUAAUUUUAGGAAAAGUAUGGAAGUCCAAAUUCUGUGAUUAAACCACAUAGAAUCAGUCGAGGAUCCUACAAUGUUUUUCUUCAAUCUUUUAGGGGCUUAAACGAAAGAAGAGAGCUCCAGCAAAUGUACCUGCUUCCUUGGACCAGCCGUCAACUUCGUCUACCUCUUGUGAGGAUCAAAAUUCUCUUUUGCAAAGUACAUGUAGUCCUCCAGAUGAAAUUUCUCCAAUUCAGGUAACAACUUUUUUUUACCUCUUUCUUUGUGUGAGAUGUAACUCAGUUUCCCAGUUACCUGAUAUUUAACAAUUAUUUUUUGACAUCGAGGUGAAUAGUGGCUAAAUAUUUACCGAGCCGCGAAAGUGGCGAGGUAAAUAUUCCCAAAGCCACUAUUCACCGAGAUUGAAAAGAAUAAUUGUUUUAGUAUAUACACACAAAGUGAUCUCAACAAAAUCAGAGAGGAAACCAUUAAAAAGUACGAUUUGAUUGACAGAUCAAAUCAUAUGUACGUUUAAAAAUAGAUCUUUGGAGAAUUUUCAAACAUGGCAAUUCACAAGUUUAUCAUUUCACAAACAACAGCGUAAUGGCUUAAAUGGAUUUGCCAAAAGUUUGAACUGUUUCCUUACCUGAGAAGAAAAGUAGAGCAUUGUUGUUUUCUCUGGACUCGCCAAGUUUAUAGCCAAUAGGGUUUGUUGUGUCGUUCUUCGCAUGAAGUGCUGACAAAAAUGGCAGCUCUGUUGCUCGAGGUAAGACAUUGUCUUCCUGUACCAUUCUUUUUCCUGUUUACUUGAAAUGUAGUAUUUCUGCAAACAUUUCCUUUUAAAUUUGUUUGUCAUAAAUAAACUUCGAUUUUUGAGCGAAAAAUUUUCUUGUUACAAAAAACGCUGAGUUCACGAAAUGGCUUCUUCUACGCGAAUACAAGGGAGUUGUAAACAAUCCAUUGAGCACAAAACUCAGCUACAGUAAAUUGAAAAACGCUGUAUUGAAUCCUUCCAAGUCUUUUCUUGCCUUAAAAAAGUCAGCCCUAGGAUUUUCUCGACUUUUAAAAGAUCGUUCUCUAAAAAAAGUGGGAAAAACACCGAGCUCACACGUUAUCCUCUCGCUAGGAGGUGAAUAUUGUUGAAUAGUCCGAGAUAGCGAACCAAUCAGAUUGCUUAAAUCACCAAGAUCACUAAGUGUGUAAAUACUAAACACAAUUAGUCAGGGCCUCUGAUAGGGUGCGAUAAAAAAUGAGAAAUUGUGCGAUAUUUUUAGGGUUGAUUGUGCGAUAAGAUUAUUAUGCGUUAAAUUAUGCGAUUUUUUCAGAGCUAAUUAACAUUGUUUUACCAGGUUUGAAAAAUCAUUUAAUGUUGUGUAACAGGCAAUUUGAAUAUAAACUAAUAAUAAAACAUCCAUUUUAAAACAAAAUAGUUAAAUUUGUCCAAUUAUUUUGGCCUGGAAAAGAAAACAAAUUGAAAGAAAGAAAAAGGACACUUGUUCGAUAUUACAUUAUGCCGUUACACCGCUGACCACACUGCUUGUCUCUGAAAUCAAAAUGGCCGCCCAGAUACUGCGAUCAAAGGUUUCAGAUGUCUUGCAAGGCUUUAUUUAGUGGUAAAUCACCUUAAAUUAAGAUUGGGAAAUGUUUGAUUUAAGUUAAAAUUCUUUGAGGCAGUUUACUUUACUUGAAUUUAGCAUUUUUUUUAUGAAUUAUGGUAUUUUCCUCAUAUUUGUGUGAUCAGAUGCAAUUUGAGUUCAAUUGUGCGAAAUCGCACCAUCGCGUAAUAUCAGAGGCCCUGAUUAGUGGAUAGAAAAUUGGACAGUUCUCAGGUGUUUUUUGCUCUAUUUUCCUUCUGUUUCCUUCAAAAGUAGCCUGUGGUUAUGUUUGCAAUAGCUGGGGGACAUUUAUGGGCCAUGUCCUUUAUGAAAGCCCUGUUGUGUGUUGGGGGUGUGUGUUGUCAUUCUGAUUUUGCCUUUGUCCUGUGGUACACAUGUUACUCAAAUUAAUGUUACUUUAAAAAAUCAGAAACAUAAUGAGUAGGGCUCUCUGUAGCUCAGUGGCUAGGCCACUUUACUGGUGUUUGAGGUCUGGCCAUAGGUUUGACUCCCACUGAAAAUCUAAUUUUCCUUUAUCCUUUGCCCCUGAUGUUAUGACCGACUGCUGACUGGCUAGACCAAUUUCAACUCUAGUGAGACAAGAGAUCCCAUAUAACUAUGGGGCAGUAACAAUCUUCUGUGUCUACAUGUAUGUUACAGGUCAAAAGUGAAAACGUCAGGUGAAAACUUUUUAUCCUUGGUUGAUUCUCAAUUUCCUUUCUUUCCUAGCCUUAAUUAACCAUGCAUCUCUUAUGGAGUUGUGAAAUUAGGUGGGGGUUGCACUCAGCAUUGAGCUUAAAAAGCCUAAAACCCAUUUGCACAAAUCCCCUCUCUGCAGAAAUGUAUUCUUUAAGCUGGUCCAAAACAGUCCUCUUUCUUGAUGUCUUUCUUUUAUGAUGCCAUUGUUUUUUCUCUUUCAUAAGGAGGAAACAGAUUGUCUUGUGCCUGUAAACAAAAGAAGUAGGGUGGAUGAUGUCAAUGAAGAGAGUCCUCAAGGAAGCACAACAAGUGAAUCAGCAGCUACUGUAAACCCUCCCACAACGCCAGACUCUCAAGAAAAUAAAAGAGGAAAAAAUGAUAAUAACAUUGAACAGCAGAGUUCUGUAAGAAAUGGAACAGACAAUGAACCAAUUACUAUAGAAUCACCUGGACCAACAACAAGUCACUCCCUAGAUGACGUCAUGAUUGUUGGUGAUGUGCAAGUUGGAAGACCCGAAGUUAUAGAUUUAGAAAGACUUCCGACUAUAAGACAAGGUAAUAGCAAAGUUUUUAUGGCCAGUAGACCCCUUUUAGGCAUCGAUACAUGCACGUAAUUUUCUUUGCCCUUUUGUUCUUCUUGUAUGUGAGAUAGGUCCACUUUUAAUAGGAACAAAAAUUAUUAAUAAUGGAUGGUAUAACAACUAAUGUCUCUCUUGUGGACUUAUUUACCCUCGGCAUUAUUUAUAGCACUAAUGCUGGUGGAGCCAAGCAAAUGCCUGAAACAAAUAAUUUAAAUCAAACUUAACAGGGUUAAGAAUCCGAACUAGCCUGAGGCAAACCUGUUGACUAUUUGCAAGCGUGGUGCCCGAGGAUUUGUACUCAUGACUUCCAGCAAGCAGUAGCCUUGAGGGCCCCCGCUUCCUAAUUGCAAGUCAAGCACUUAAACCGCUCAGCCACGCUGCCUCCUGUUACAAGUUUGGAAAUACAUGUAGACAAAUAUAUGUUGUAACAGCUGUCCACACUUGAACAAUAUCAUUUUUAUCUGUUUACAAAGUGAGUAAGUUAGUUUAAUAAUUCAAACAUAAUAUUGUGUCAAUUUGGCUUUUGCAUCUGUCAUGGUAUUUUAGGUGGGUCAGUAGUGGUUGAUCUUACCAAUGAUGCCAGCUUUCAUGACAGCAAUGUGGUGGAUUUAACAAGAGAAACUCCGUCUGAUUCUUCAGUUGACUCCAACCCUGUCAUAGUGGUACUGUAUGACUUUUUUAAACAUACUGUUUUAUGGCAAUUUUUUGUUUACAGUAUUUUUGUUACAAACCGCUGGUCAAAAUUCCAAUAAAUUUCAAUGAUUGUAUUGCUAAAGAUCACCAUCUUGGACAAAAAUAGUUGGGACACUUUUACCAAUUUAGGCUGUUUUUUUACUUCUGGCCCAUCUUCAAUGUUGUUUAUCGCAGUUAACUCACCAACUGUGCCAGGCCGGCGAAAAGGCUUCAAUGCACCUGUUCCAUUCAACUUUAAUCUUUCUGUAGAUUUUACUUAUCUUUGUCCAGCAUUUCUUCCAUGCCAGACAGGAAAGAUACCCCAAACCUGUUGCUUCAAGAUUUAAUCGGCCCCAUUAAAUAUGAAGAAAAGUUGUUCCUGGUAGAAGGGUCAUCUGCCUACCCGGGCCAGGUAGCAGGUCAUUUUGUCCAAAGGUUGAUUCACCGGAUGGUAGUUCACCCAGCCGAAGUCGAUUUGCCCGAAGCGUAUUUGUGGUUCUCUAAGCCUGAAAAAAGGAAUAAGCAUAGAAAGACAGUGACUGCACAUGCAGAAUCCAAGGUUAACUAAAAUAACAUCUCAGAGAAGUAGGUUCACCAUGUUGUAGAGUGUUGUAUGUCAUCGGAUGAAAUCGACUUUUGGGCGAAAAGACCGCAAUUCUGUAUUCCCUGAAUGAGCCAAUUUUCAUCCAUUUCCUCACAAAACAUGGCGAACUAUUUACAUGAGAAACAAAGUUGGCUUGACUAGGAUGGUGACAUGCCUAGCCGGUUCAUCCUGUUGUGAUGGUAGGGACACCCUCCUAGCGAACCAACUUUUUGUUUCUUUAUUUAUAAACAGUUUGGUUCGGCCAUCCUAGUCAAAUUGUUCAGGGUGAGACAAUCAGAGGGCGCUUUCCAAAAGUCUGUACUGGCCGGCCAGACCAAUGCCAGACCAGGCAUUUUGGCAGUGAAAUAUGUUUUUUCCAAGAGGUUUUGCUGAAAAACCAUCUCCUCUGUGCAUAAUAUUUAGGAUUUGACUGAUCUGGAUGGUUAGCUUUGAUUAAAAGUGAAAUUCUCAUUACAAUGGGAAUAGGCUGGCCGGUCAGUUCUGACAAAUGGAAAGCACCCAGAGCAUGCGUGAGCACUGUUUGCUUUGGGUUUUUUUAUAUACAAAAUGCUCGCUAAAGUUGACUCUGCUGGGAUGGCGACUCUUCUGCCCAGGACAGGUUUUCUCCAUACAAAGGGGGCCUUCGUAUUUUAUCAAGAUGAUGACUUAAAGUGUUUCUCUCAAAAUUGUCAAAUGCUUGCAUUUAAAGCUAUGUUUUUAAAGUCAUGAAUUGUAACCUUUUUCUCGCAGUGUGUAAAUAGAAUAUACCGUGGGGAUCCAGUUAGUCAGCGGCCGUCUUGCCGGUUUGCAUCGUUGCCUAGUAUGCUAGAAAGAUCCUUUCCUGUUUCAAGUCCCGAUGAUGAAAUACUAGAGGUCACUGACGCUGAUAUUAGAAGAAAACAAAUGUCAAGUUUAGAUACUUCAAGUGGUGAAGGUGCAGAACCAGAUACAGCGGCAAAGAGAAAUAUAACGUGUCCUAUUUGUAUGGAUGAUGAAUCCACUGUGAGUAUUUUAGGAAGCUUCUUAGCAAGAGUAAAACGAACUACGAAAAUGUGCAGCUUGUUUUGCAAAAUUUCUGCCAAACGACUUAAAAGCAAUGUUGCACGUUUUGCCUCUUACAUUCAAACCUCUCUCGCAACAAAUCAACUUGUUGCAAGUUGUGUGAAUACUGACUUCUGAUUGGAUAAAAUUAAGCGGGAGUCGCGCCAUACGCGGGAGUUAUGUAACUUGUUGCAAAACAAGUUUGUCUUGGGCCGGUAAUACGUGCAACAUCUACAGAUUUUGCUGUAAAAAGUAAAACUAGUCUCUACUUUCUGCAACAACUUUUCGCACCUUGCAACAACCCGAUUUGUGGCAAGAUGGUCUUGCCCUCCUAGUUCUCAAUUAAACUUAAAAUUUGGUCUUUUCUCUUCGUAGUUGUGGUGGGACGGCAAAGAAAUUUACUAAAAAGCGUGAUCGUUUGUUUUAUUCGUUAAGACUUCGUUCAUUGUACACGGCGCCGGACAAGUUUUCUACUGGAUGAAAACUCUUGAGUUCAGUUUUUCCGCCCGUGACACAGAACCGCCUUAACCGUACGAAAUUUAGACCUUUAGCCGUUUAAAGAUCCGCGUGAACACGAGCAAAAUAAAUAUUGAACUGCCCGUGUGAAUGAAGUGUCCGGUCAAAUUUUUUGCCGUGUGAACGUAACCUAAGGCCCUGUCCACACGUAUCGGGACAUCCUUUUCAUUUUGGAAUUGGUCAGUUCUGCAUCACACCCCUGUCACCUCCCCCAUAACAGCUUUUUACCUUUUUCUUUUUUGGACGAUUUCAGAAUUUUUCUUUGUAGUGGGCUGUGGGCAAUCAAAAGAUUAUGGCUGACUAUCUAAAAGUGAUAAUAGAGAGGUUAAGCGUCACGUUCACGUCAAACGGCAAAUGCGAAUUUGUACCACAUGACCAAGUUUCCUCUUUACUUGUCGUUUUCUGUUCAUUAUUUGUACGCCUAAAUUAGAAGUUUCACGCAAUUUUUCGUCCUUAAGAAUUGUUUUGAGCUGUUUUUAUCGGCUCAUUUUCUAUUUUGAGAAAUUCUCAACUUAAAUCUGACGUUUGCCGUUUGCCGUGAAGCUUUUAAAACUCGUUAUUAUUUAUUAAAUCCUGACAGUUUCUAUAUAGUAAUAUGUUAGCAGUUAGAUGUCUACCAACCGCCGUAAUUUCGUUUGUGAUUUGUCAUAAAUGCCCGGCAGCGUGUAUGAAAAGUAUGUGUAUUUUUACUGAAUCUUUUCACUCCGAACAAGGGCUCAAAGUAAGAUUAAGCGAAAUUUUCACAUUUUAUUUGUAUAAUGCUGAAAAAACAAAUACUGCUGUUUGAAAGUACUGCUAAAGAGGUUUUAUUUUAUUCGGGUCACACCAUAGAAUUUCAGACAUCCACAGACUCAAAAGGUAGAACUGGAUACUAAAUAAAUAGUAGCAUGUGAAAGUACUGCUAUAGAGGUUUCAUGUGAAUGGUCACGCCAUAAGAUGUUGUCCACUGACUCAAAAGUUAGAACCACCUCACAGGACUAUUUUGUUUUUAGUUAUUUUAAGUCAAGGGGCCUUUUAUGUUCUCUUGAUUAAGUACAUGUUCUCUUGGUACAUUAUAGGAUGUCGUUUUGCCUCUCGAUAUUUCAACACGAAAAGAUUGAACCAAACUGUCCUUUCUUUUUCAGAUCAAGAGAAGGAAAAGGCAGUUAACGUCAACAACAUGUGGUCAUGUUUUCUGCGAUAAAUGCAUACGGAGUGCGGUUCAGAUGCAAAGCAAAUGUCCGACAUGCAGGAAAAAACUCUCUUUGAAACAGUUACAUCCAAUAUUUCUUUAAAUUAUUUGUUCAGAACUACUUUUGUGGUAUUUUGUCUCGACUGACUGAUGAAAUUAUCUUUUGUCAGUUCAGAAGAAAAACCUUUAGUGGUUGAGUUAGUUUUUGAAAUCAAGAUGGUCUUGUCUUGUGACCCAUUGGUACAACUAAUUAUAAUGUAAUUAAGGCUAAACGAUGUUCUGCGAAGCAAAUACAAUUGAUGCCAGCAACAAUUAAUGACAGGCUGGUGAUAAUUUAUAGCUCAAUAUAAAUAGUCAUAACUAACUUUAUGCUUACAAUUUUCAGUCGGAAUACUGUCAGGGAAGUUCUUCAGUAUUGGCCUGUUUACCGAAGGUUUCGAUAUCAUUUUGGGGCAGUAGAUAUAUCUUAAAAUCAAAAUCUCAUGAGUAGUAGUGCAUGUUUUGACCAAAACCAUCCUAAAUCAGUUUACCCUGCGUGCAGAUGUUUCUCCCAGUCUUGCAUGGCUUUUAGCGUUGACGAAGUCGUUGGCAGUCACAUAGUUGGUUUGUUUUAUACGUCCCGUCGUCAACGCAAAAGCCAUACAGGAGAGAACCCUUGUGCUCGCAGGGUAAAAUGAUUUAAGUCGUUAACUACGUUAAAAACUUGACUCACUCCUUCCCUUCCCGUAAAUAAAUAUAAUAAUAUAAUGUUAGGCAUUAUACAUGUUGCACAGGGUAUCGGGCCUUUUUCCCCUCUUUGCUUUUUUCAGUGGACUCGACAUUGUUUUGAUAUUAAAGCCCGGUAUUGACACUUCAACUAUGAGAAAUGUUCCGUUAAUGUUUUUAAGUCAACUUUGCAAACAAAAUUUUUCUUAACCCUGUCACUAAAUUACAGCGUCAAGAGUCUGCAAUACAUAUUGGGGACAAAGUGUUCCAGGUUUUGUGACUGUAAACGAAAUCCAGUAAUGUUACCAAUGAGAUUAAACCUCUUCAGCACCUUUUUUUUCAUGGUACUCUUCGUUUUUCCGUUUUCUUAUAAAAACCCCAAACAGAUUUUCGGAGUAUUUGGAAGCAUGAGUAUUGACGCUCUUUAAA